UCCCGCGCCGGAACCGGCCCUCCCUGAAGCUCGGCCCGCGGACGCUGCCCUGCGCCGAGGCCGAGGCCGGGGCCGGGGAGGCCCUGGGAGCUUUGUGUUGGCCGCGGCCGUCCCAUGCGGCCCCCGGUGCGGACCCAGCAUGUAGGUGCCUGGUGGCUGCCAUGAACCUCGAGACCAUGAGGAUCCACAGCAAAGCACCUCUCCCGGGUGGCAUCCAGGACAGAAAUGAAAAGAAUCGACCAUCCUUGAAGUCCCUGAAGGCUGAUAAUAGACUGGAAAAAUCCAAAUAUAAGCCCCUUUGGGGAAAAAUAUUUUACCUUGACUUGCCUUCUAUCACCAUAUGUGAGAAACUACAAAAAGAUAUAAAGGAACUUGGAGGGCGAGUUGAAGAAUUUCUCAGCAAAGAUAUCAGUUAUCUUGUUUCAAAUAAAAAGGAAGCAAAGUAUGCACAAACAUUGGGCCGCGUUUCUCCUGUACCAAGUCCAGAAUCUGCAUAUACUGCAGAAACCACCUCUCCUCAUCCCAGCCACGAUGGAAGUUUCAUUAAGUCUCAAGACAGAGUAUGUUUGAGCCGAGGAAAACUGUUAGCUGAAAAAGCUGUCAAGGAUCAUGAUUUUAUUCCUGCUAAUAGUAUAUUAUCAAAUGCCUUAUCAUGGGGAGUAAAGAUUCUUCAUAUAGAUGACAUUCGAUACUACAUUGAACAGAAGAAGAAAGCACUGAGUGCACUCAAGAAAUCAAGUGCUUCGGGGAGGGAUGCGUUGUCCUAUUGUUCUCCUGUCGCCAAGUAUACAGUCUCUUCUGGAUUCAUCUUUGAGUCACUCUUUGUCUAUUAUACCCCUGCCUAA